AGCGUGAUGGCAAGUACGGGAUGUUCCGCUUUCUCUCAAGACGGACAAUAUUACGCGUUUUGCGGCAAUGAUGGCAAGUUGAAAAUCUGGGAGACUGCAAGUGGCCGGUUGAAGCACGAGUACACUCCUAAUCGGCAUUUAUCGUCACCCUGCAGUGUCAUAGGAUGGAUCUUGGUGAGCCCGCAAUCGGCGGGCAAUGUAUCGCCUUCACCAAAGAAGAGACGCAGAAGGAAGUCAAUUUCGGAACAAGUUGAUCGCAAAGCUGUUGUGGCUAUGGGUUCAGUGAAUGGAAAAGUCACCUUGUAUGAUGUAGCUGCUGCAUCCGUUAGCACUACAUUAGAGAAUGGUCAUUCUUCUACUGUCACAGCAAUUGCUUGGUCAACAUAUACUGGAUUGAUUACAGCAGCUAAUGAUUAUCAUAUAGUGGAAUGGAAUCUUCAAGAGAAUGGAAUCAAAUGUAAAUGGAAAUCUGGCAAAGCAAAAGUCACAGCAUUGGCAAUUCCAUCAAAUGGAAAGUCUUUGUUAUCUGCUGAAAAAAUAAUCAAGUGGUGGAAUUUAGAAACAAAGCAAUUAAUUCGCACGUUUACUGGACAUGCCAAUCAUGUCACUUUUCUUCAUACUGUACAAAUAGACAGCGCAACUAGUUAUCUAAUAAGUGCUGCCCGUGCAGACAAUCAUCUUUCUGUAUGGAUGUUAGACAAAAAUAAAAAUGAUAAAGCGUCGGUAGCAACAUUAGCCAUUCAAGAUGAGGCUACAUCCAUCUCGAUACUUAGUACAGAAGAAUUGCAAGUCUGCAUAUUGGUUACUACUCAAUCGGGUCAAGCUCAAUUAUUCAAAUAUCAGCCAAAUGGUCAUACCAAACCACUGAAACCAUCUCUUAACAUUGCAGUAGCAGCAGAUAUCAAUCAGAAAGAAACUGUUCAACAGAUUCCAAUUUUAGCAGGUCACCUAACUAAAGAUAAAAAACUAUUACUGGCAUAUGGUAGUUAUAUCAACUUAACAUUCGAGAAAGUAAUGCCCGAUUUUUCGGACAAAGUGCAAUGUUUAAUUAGAUCGGAGAGAUUAGAUACAAAAAAAUCAAAAGAAAGGAAAGAAGAGACAAUUUCUAAAAUAAAACCUACUGCGAUCGAAGGAGAUGUUGAAUAUCUCACACCAGGAAUACAAGUUCCAACACAAAAAAGAAAUAGAACUACCUCAGGCUCUCAAUUACUCUUAAAAGAUAGAUUGGAAAAUCUUAGUUUAAAUGCAGAUGCAAAUACACCUGGGAGGACACCGACGAAAGGAGCCAAUAUGACGCAAUUACUGCUACAAGGAUUAAAUAGUAAAGAUAAAACUAUUUUGACGACAGUGUUAUUUACAAAAAAUGAAGCUGUAAUUCGUAAUACUAUUGCAAGAUUACCAGUGCAAGCAAUUAUUCCAUUGCUUAAAGAAUUAACUGUUAUGUUGCAAGGCAAAACAUACACGAACAAAAUUGCAGUAAUGUGGUUACAACCUUUAAUAAUGACUCAUGCAGCUCAUUUAAUGUCGCGACCAGAUGUCGCAGAGAUACUCAGUCCUAUUCUAAGUUUUAUCGAUGCAAAGUUAGCACUUCUAACAGCUAUACAAAGAUUAAAAGGCAGAGUUUCUCUUAUAACAGGACAAAUAUCUCAGGCUAAUGAGGAACACAAUAAAGACAUAACUGAGGAGAGUUUGCUUGUUUAUCAAGAUCAAGAUUCAUCAGAUGAAGGUGCCGAUAAAGACGAUAUUGACCUCAGCAGCGAAUCCGAUGAAAAUUGGGAAGAAAUGUCCGAUCAAGAUGUUCAAGAUGAACACGAUGAAGAAGAUAACAGAAGCGUUAAAUUUGAUGAUGAUGAUGUGGAUGAUAAUGAAUCUAUACACAGCUGAAAUCUAUCGAAUUGUAAAAAUCUUCAUUAUUAUUACAACGGAAUCAAUUUUAACGAAAGACAGAUGUAAUAAAGAUGGUGCUGUAUGUAAAAAGUAUACCUUUUCUUCACA